CGAAUUGCUUAGUUGCUUUCAAGGUAGCAACAGUAACUUGCGCCGUUUGUGUCUCGCCUAUUUUCAACAUAUUUCUGGGUAAACAAGAGUUUGUCAAUGCAGCACUUUUACAGCGAAUUAAGUUAUCAGUGAAGCUAACCUUUACAAUCUGAGCUCAUUAUCGGGCGUCUUUGCACAGAUACCAUGGACUUUAAGGUAUCAGAAAGGAAAAAAUCAUCACAGGAACCCAAGACUAUCGAGAAUUAUAUGAAUGGCAAAUUGCUAAGAAAAGAAGUAGCAGAACAAUAUGGAACAUUUUCUGCAGAAAAAAUAAAAGAAUUUGAAAAAGAGCUAACCAAAGGUGGCAAUAGAGAUGCUUCUGCUGCAAGCCCCAAACAGAGACUGAUUGAUGAUCUUCUGGCAAGGCGAAAAAUCGCUCAGUUUGACAAAGAAAUGAACAAAGUUAGUGAUGAGAGGAAACUUAAAAGAAGAAAGGACUUUGUGAUGAAUGAUCUUCGAGCACUUCAACUAGAGGCGGGGCACCAUGAAUUUAUUGUGCCCCUGAAGCAGUUGGAGGAAGAGCAAGAACUUUGGGCUCGGAUACAACAGCAACUGGAGAGUCUACCAGCCAUGGAGGCCAAAGUUAAUAAUAUGAGAAAGCUACUUGAAAUGCAGGAUAAAUCUGAAGGAAUGGAGCCAAACAGCCUCAAAACGGUUCAUCAAUUGCUAGGGGAAAUAGUGGAGGAAGUAACUGAUGAUAAUCCUCAUAUGCCAGAAGCAAGAGAUCACUUCACUAUGUUUUCUUGGAAUCAGAAGCAGCCCAUUGACAGAGUUCUACAAGAGGAGCAAACAAACAGAAUAUUUAACCUUAUUAUGGAGCAGAUUAUAUUAGAGUGUACUCUGGAUUUAUCAAAAGAAAUUGUUCAGGAGUUAUAUAACGUAGAGAAAAUGUGUAGAGCUUUAUCUUUUGAGGUUAUUCUGAAUUCUGCAAAGGAAGCUGCCAAAGUUAAACAUUCUACUGGGACUGUGUACACAUCUGUAUCACUUGAGGAACUAAGUCAACUUCUGCUCCAGCAGCAACUAAACAGGCAUCAGCAUAGGGAAGAAAUCUGGGAUCACAUGGAAAAAAAAGUACAAAAGUAGUUAUCUGCAAAUAACAAUGUGUUAGUCACCAAGGAUCCACCAGCCGGAGUAUUUUUAUCGUUUCAAAAGUAUUGAAAAUAAAUUGUUUAUAAUUAAUGUAUGAAUCCAGUUGUUUGCUAUAUAAUUUCAAUCUCAAUUUGUCAUCCAUAACCCCUUGACGAGUAUUCAUGAAAAUCUUUAUUACUUAAUCUUUAUUAUUCUUUAUUAUCUACUGUUAUUAAGUUUGUGGGAUCUGCCAAAUAGGUAUAUUUUUUCUUUAACAAUUGCUACUUUAUAAAUGUAAGAUGAGUUCAUGUAAGAUGACAAUCUAAAAGUAUCAUGUUCAAACUGCUGAAAUAAAUGCAAUGUUAUCCUGAAGGAAAUGAAGGAAAAAUAAUAUCCUGCUUUUUUGUAGGUGUUCAGCUGCAAAAA